GCGGGCCAGAGCCCGGUCGGCGGGGCGCGCGCAGGGCCAUAGGGGCUAAGGCGCGCGAGCGGGAGCGGGAGUGCGCGUGUGCGAGCGGAGGGGCUUUCUCCGGAGCCGUCGGAGAGAUCCGGAGCCGUCGGAGAGAUCCGGAGCGCUUCUACUGAGUUGGUGAUCAGCCAGUUGUGGUUCAACAUGCAGAAGUGAGCAAGUGGUGCAAAGCAAUGGAACUGAUAGGUGAUGAGGAUGUGAGUGCGUUUGAAGGCUUCCACACCCUCUACUCCAGGACAGAAUCAUGAAUAAACUGGACAAUAAGCAGGACCAGAUGAUACCAUGAAGAGAAGUUUACAGGCCCUCUAUUGCCAACUGUUAAGCUUCCUCCUGACCGUGGCACUGACCGAAGCGCUGGUACUUGCUAUUCAGGAACCGGAAUCUCUUCAGGUCCUCCCCUCAGGCAGUCCCCCAGGCACCAUGGUGACCGCACCCCACAGCCAGACCACACACUCCUCUGUGGUGACACUGGGCCCUGCUCCUGAUGGACCCUCACAGGCCACAGCUACCAUGGCAACAACAAUACCCCAUCAAGACAGGCACCCUCCUAUAAACACUACUUCUACUGUCAUAGUGACAGCAAAUAUCCCCCAUUCUGAAAGCCCCCUGCCCACAGGUUCCCCUCCAGUUACUAUGGCAACCAUAGCCUCCCACUCAGAGAGCCGACCACCAGGGGAUGCUGCCCCCACCAUCCUGCUAACAAAGCCAACAGGAACCACCAGCCACCCCACCACAGCAGCCCCUCGGGCUAUCACUCGCAGGCCCCCACGACUCCCAGGCUCUUCCCGAAAGGGGACUGGGGCCUCAUUGCGCCCUGUCCCACCUGCACCUGGUGGCCACUCUGGGAGGAAGGAAGGCCAGCGGGGACGAAAUCAGAGCUCCACACACCUGGGGCAGAAGCGCCCAUUGGGGAAAAUCUUUCAGAUCUACAAGGGCAACUUCACAGGCUCUUUGGAGUCAGAUCCCUCUACUCUUUCCCCCAGGACCCCAUACUUCUCUUUGCCACAGCCCCAGACAGUGGCUGCAACCACAGCACCCAGAAGUACCUCAUGGGUGCCACCCACCACCCUCCUUGUACCUGCAGAGGACAAGCCAGGACUUAGCACAGCAGACCAAGGGGGUGGUUCCAUCUUCACCAGCCCAGGAAGGGAGCUGAAUACCACUGCAGCUGCAGGUGCUCCUAUCAGUUCACAAGCCACCCCAGUGCCUUCUCAGCACCCCCACAGUGACACACAGGACAGCCCCAGCCUCAGUGACUCUUGGCUUACUGUCACCUCUGUCACCAACAGACCUCUGUCUGCCAGCUCUAAGGUCUUUACAGCUGUGAUAGGGCCAAGCCAGGCUGCCUUCAAUGCCACUGUCUCAGCCCCUUCCCAGGGGAUUCCUCAGGGAACAUCCACAACUCCACAGGCCCCAGCCCAUCCCCCUGGGGUCUCAGAAAGCACUGUUUCUCUAGCUGAGGAGGAGGCUGCAGCCUCCCCCUUCAUGACCGACAGGGUACCCAGUCCUCUCUCCACAGUGGUGUCUACAGCCACAGGAAACUUCCUCAACCGCCUGGUCCCUGCUGGGACCUGGAAGCCUGGAACAGCAGCAAACAUCUCCCAUGUGGCCGAAGGGGACAAGCCCCACCACAGAGCCACCAUCUGCCUGAGCAAGAUGGACAUUGCCUGGGUGAUCCUAGCCAUCAGUGUGCCCAUCUCCUCCUGCUCCGUCUUGCUGACAGUAUGCUGCAUGAGGAGGAAGAAGACAGCCAACCCCGAGAAUAACCUGAGCUAUUGGAACAACGCCAUCACCAUGGACUACUUCAACAGGCACGCUGUGGAGCUACCACGGGAGAUCCAGUCCCUGGAGACCUCAGAGGACCAGCUCUCUGAGCCCCGCUCCCCAGCCAAUGGCGACUACCGAGACACUGGGAUGGUCCUGGUGAACCCCUUCUGUCAGGAAACAUUGUUUGUGGGAAAUGACCAAGUGUCUGAGAUCUAACUGCAGCAGCCUUCGCUUUGCCAUUCCCUAUUUUUCAUCUUUAAAAAUUAUAAAUACACAAAUAUAUAUUAUAAAUAUAACCUUUGUGUAACCCUGACUUAAUGAGAAACAUUUUCAGCUUCUUUUCCUAAGAAUUGUCAACACCUUUUUUAUAAGUGUGGUUUAAAAAUGAAACAAAACAAAACUUUCCAGAAUGACCCGUGGCUUUAUAAAAUAAAGGUAUUUCUAAGGAAAGCAGUGGCAUUGAUUGCUUCUCUUAAUAACUGUCCUUGAGCACUUUGGGGCCCCAGCAGCCCAGGGCAGGUGAGGGAAGAGACGGACUUCCUGUAGAAGCUGAAAGUUAAAAAGGUCAAGUGCACUGUCCUUUGCAUGAUUCUGCAAGCUCUGGUUCCUCUAGAUUCAGUGUUGGGCCAUCUCCUCCCUCCUGGGCACAACAGUGAAGGGAAUUGGGCCACCUAAAAAGAAGACACAGACUGAUGCUCAAAGCAGAAAAAGGGAACAUGUCAUCCCCCAAGGAGGAGUACCUGCAGCCUCACAGUGUCACACUGUCAGCUUCAAUUCCACAUAAGUUAUGGCCAGCAGACAGGAACAGGCAGCCCUCAGGAAUCCACAGGGAUGUGGGGCAUCUGAAAGCUGCAUUCCCCUAACAUCACUCACAGGGGACUGCCACCUUAAUAGCAACAGGACUGCCCCCUUCAGCAGAAAAUAUUUUUAAAGAGCUCCCUUGAAGAGCCCCUUUCUCCAUCCCCUCUGAUACCCGUAUCUGUGUUGAAGCCCCAUGCCUUCUCUUGGGUGGGUGUAGACACAGAUCCCAGCCCCAGAGCUUUAGAAUGUGUGCCUUUCCUCAAGGGCCAAGAGUUUAUCUACAAGGUUUAGCUUUGCUUUCUGCAAAGGCAAUGGUAUUGUGCCUUUGAGGAAUGGUUUAUCUCAGAAACAAGCAUACAGCUGUAAUUUUUGAAACCUUCCCCCUGCAGUCUUAAAAGAACAAGUUUGCCCAAGCAAGUCAUUCGGGAAAAGCACCAUUCCAUCCCGCCUGGCAGCCUCAGUCAGCCCAUGGACUGGCCAUCAGCUCUGUUCUCCUGUCCCCUCCCCAGACUGGGCUGCCUCCGCCAGCCAACAGGGGUCUGACUCCCUACAACACAAGAGGGGCUUCCAGACACAGCCACGUCUCUAUUUUUUCCCUAAUAGUGUCUAGGAGAAAAGAUAACUGCUUUGAUGCUUCUUUUCUCUUAAAAAAAAUAGUUUGAUAGUAUAUUUUGAAUAUAGAUGUUCUUAUAGUCAGAUUGGGAAUCAAACUUGAAUGUUGCUUUGUAUGUUUGUGUUUGUCGCUGUGGUCUUCUCACCAUGAUUUUUCCUUUCUUCCUAUAUUUUCCUUUUCAAAAAGAAAGAUGGCCUUCAAAAAUGUGUGUUCUCACUGUUGUAUGAACUGAAGUAAACAUGAGUUUUCUUGUUAUCUCUCUUCAAAGACUUCAACUCACAAAGAAGCAGGUUAAAUGUUGCUGAAAUUUGUUUUCUAACAUGUUGUUGUCUGAUCUUCUUAACUUUAUCAUGUUUCUGUUAGCUAUUGCAUUGAAUAUUUCAAUGUGUGAGUAUAGAAAGAAAUCUGUUUGUAAAGUAAAAUUUAUAUAUAACAUAUGUAAUCAAAGAUACAUAUGUUAUAUAUACAUUUGUGGAUGUAUGACUUAUUUUUCCAUAUCCACAGAAUUCAGCUACCAUG